AUGCCCCAUACAUCCCGUCCCUCCCGCCCAAAACGCCAACCUCAAAAACGAACCGAAGUGACCGACGAUGAUGGCUGGACCCAUGUCGCGAGCGGCGGCAACGUGCGGCGCGUAAUGCGCACACGCCCGCGAGGCACAACUGCAAUUGAGGAAUCCGACUCCGGUAUAUCCUCUAGCCAGUCUGAACCAAUCCUGACCCCUGCAGAGGCCCCGGGUCGACUCACCCUGCCCGAGCUGCAGGCUCAGUUCCAAACUCAUCGUGAGAGGUGGGAGGGUUCGGAGAGUUGGACUAAAUUGACAGGCGUUUUGGAUGAACGUUUAAAGAAGGCGCAGGAACAAGCUUCUUCUGUUGCUGAUGACACUUCCGCCGCGGUCCGCUGCCCUAUUGACGCCAUUGUCUGCAUUGGGCUUGGGAGCCCGAGUGGGUUCUUGCGUGAUGGAUGGGUUGAUCGGCGCUCUGUAUCGCUUUAUCAGCUUGCCGCGCUGGCGAGCAUUAAGGACCAAGUUGCAUACACCACAUCCUCCGAUCUCAAAGUCUACGCCCAAGACCCUGUCUUCAACACACUAGACGAAUCCCUCCUCGCAGCCCUGAAUAUAACAGUGAUCAAACACCCAGAGGCCUUCUCGCACAUCACGGCGAACACAAUGCUCUUCUGCCCCGGUGCAGAACGCAAGCAUCUUGAAUUAUUGUUGCCGUCGAAGCCGUGGCUGUUGUUCGGUGGUCCGCUGGAGCAUGCGGAUUCUGGUAGUGUACUACAAGGCUAUGUAGAUGGCGCUGGGUCGUAUUGCUUGCCGGUGUUUGAAGCACUCGAGCAUGCUUUUUGGAAUAUGAGGCUAUAUUGGGCUGAGGAGGUGACGGGCGAGGAGUGA